GCACCAUGUGGCGGUGACAAGUCCAUGGUACAGAAUAAUUUAUCAUCAAUCGCUCCCGUCUUCCUCAUUCGACGUUGCUUUGUCGCCACCAUCACCCACUCUCACUCACUCUCUCUCUAUCUCUCUCUGUCUCUCUCUAAUUUGACAAAUCAACUUCUAGAAGUCGAACAGUGAUAGAAAAUCACUGAGAGAGAGAGAAUCCCCCGCAAUGGGCUCCCUCUCCGACUCCCCCGGCGAGUUCAACUCGCCGACUCACCCACCCCCGCCGCCGAGUCUCGACGAGUUCCAAAAACAAACCUCCCUAAUGACCACCUGCACUCUUCUCUGGAAAGAGCUCACCGACCACUUCACCUGGCUCGAACAGACCCUCCUCACCAAAUCCAACUCCCUCAGCUCCAAGCUCCAAAAUCUAGACGCCCAAACCACCCACUCCCUCCAAGUCCUCGAGCAUCGCGAGCUCACCAUCGACGACGCCGUCUCGAUCCAAGUCAAGAAAGCCGAGGAGAGCAAGUCCGUUGCUCUGAUUAGCGUCCGAGAUGAAAACGAAAACGAGAACGAAAACGACGUCGUUGGUGAAGUUGAUGAUUCGGAGGGGUUGUUGAUGAGGCUGAGGUUUUACUGUAGGAGAAUGGACGGGGAAGGGAUUUGGAGGUUUGUGACGGGUAGGAAGAAGGAGUUGGAGGGGAUUAGGGCUCAGAUGCCGGUGGCGUUGGGUGACUGCGUCGAUCCAGCGAGAUUCGUGAUGGAGGCUAUUUCGGAGGUGUUUCCGGUGGACAAGAGGGCGGAAAGCAGUGAUAGAGCGAAUGAUUUGGGCUGGGCUUGUGUUCUGAUGUUGGAGUCAUUGAUUCCGUCCGUGGUAGACCCGUUUUUGGGGAAUUCGCGGCUUCUGGUGACGCCGAGCAUGAAGGAACGGGCAAAGGAGAUAGCGGAGACAUGGAAGAAGAGCUUGGACCAGCGUGGGGGAAUCGAGAAUGUGAAGACUCCGGAUGUGCACACAUUUUUGCAGCAUUUGAUUACUUUCGGGAUUGUGAAGAAGGAGGAUAUUGAUUUGUAUAGGAAGCUUGUUGUUGGGUCUGCGUGGCGGAGGCAAAUGCCCAAGCUUGCUGUGUCACUGGGUUUGGGUGAUAAAAUGCCUGAUAUGAUUGAAGAAUUAAUAAGCAGGGGACAGCAGGUUGAUGCGGUCCAUUUUACUUUUGAAGUUGGCCUUGAGGAUAGGUUCCCACCUGUUCCGCUGCUCAAGGCUUUCCUGAAAGAUGCUCGAAAAGCUGCAGAUUCUAUAUUGGAUGAUCCUAACAACUCUGGCCGAGCAACGUUUCUUGCUGCACGCAAGGAGCAGUCAGCACUUCGGGCUGUCAUCAAGUGCAUUGAGGAGUACAAACUUGAGGCUGAGUUCCCAUCUGGAAAUCUCAGAAAGCGCCUUGAACAAUUAGAGAAGACCAAGAGUCAUGAGAAGAGAAAGCCAUCUUCUGUCCCCGCCAACAAAAGAACACGAGCGAAUAAUGGCGGCCCAAUGCCUCCUGCAAAGGCUGGUCGCUCUACGAAUGCUUAUGUGUCAUCUUUUCCGGCUGUGUCAUCUUUUCCGGCGGCUCCAACUCAUGUCAGGUCCCCGUCACACACUCAGUACCCUGCUGCUGGGGUCCCACAGUAUCCUGCUGGACCUGGCAUGUAUGGGAGCAGGAGUCCUCCGUCCAACCUUUAUGCUUACUCACCUGAAGCCGGCCCUCAUCCCUUUACUGGGUCGUAUCAAGUACCCCCAAUGAGCUAUCCUCUUUAUGGAAGCUAUGGAAAUGGUGUUGCACCAGUGUAUCAUCAGGCCUAUUACCGGUAGACAUGACUGGUACGAUGGUGACACUGAUAUGUUGACCCUAAUCACAAAAUGUUCUAGAAAGGGUUUGUAAUCACUAACCUUUUAAUGGUAGCAAUGUGUGGUAAUCCGUAAUCGUUAAUCCUGACAUUGUCAUCUUGCCUCUUGACUAUGUUAAAAAUGCUAGUUCUCUUCCUAAUGUUGCUUAAACUUGUAGUACUAUGCGCGUGUGGAAAUUAAUUCAGAAAAUUUGUACAAAAA